CCGAUGAUUUGAAAACGAUCUUAGUCCACCUCUAGUUUGAACGCGCUUUUAGCAAUUUUAUCAAUUUGUGUAUUAAAAUGGUGCUUAUUAUGCGAAUUUCUCCGCCAGAGCAUGGCCUGCUUUACACAGCAAACAAUAUCAAGCUUAAGCUUGGCGACAAAGUGGUGGGCGAGGGCACAAUCUACAUUGCCCAAAAUACGCUAUCCUGGCAGCCUAGCGACCUGGCCGAGGGAAUUUCCAUCGAAUGGAAGCAGGUGAGCCUGCACGGUAUCUCCUCGAAUCCGAGGAAGUGCAUCUACUUCAUGCUGGACCACAAGGUGGAAUGGAACGGGGUCUACGGGGAUCCCCCACAGCCGGCGGUGAAUGGCCAGAAUGGUGGAGGUCCAGAGGCCGACGUAGAUGAGGGCAAUGGGAGCGAUGAGCACGACGAGGAGGACGACAACUUCGAGGACGCCGUGGACGAGCAGUUCGAGGAAGUAACUGAAUGCUGGCUCCUGCCGGACGACAUCCAUACGGUGGACACCAUGUACAGCGCAAUGACCACUUGCCAGGCACUGCAUCCGGACUCGGCGGACAGCGACUCGGAGGACAGCGAUCCCAUGCAGGAUGCCGGCGGCCUGGACGACGAGGCCAUGGAGGAAGAAGACGCACUGACGCUGGGACGCAAUGGCGUCCAGAAUCUCAGCCUGGAUGACGACGACGAGCGAUUCGAGGACGCCGAUGAAUGAAGCAUCACAUAUUUAUAUACCGAUAUCCCUUUUUUACCAGCUUAAGUGUAUGAAUUGUAAAGAUACAUAUGUAUUUGAAUAGCUUUUGGAGUACUAAAUAAUAAACGCUGUAAGCGCGCCUAAGAAUUAUAAA